UUUUCAAUGGGCAAUCACCAUCCCAAUUCCAGGAGUUUCUUUGUGUCCUUUCUUCUCCUCACAGAUGACACAGUUGAUGACCAGUGAAAAUCAGACAAUGUUGACUGAGUUCCUCUUCUCUGUGUUUCCACAUCUGCAUGAAGGUGGCCUUUUAUUCUUUAUUCCCUUGCUUCUUAUCUAUGGGUUUAUCAUAACUGGGAACCUAAUGAUAUUCAUUGUCAUCCAGCUGGACACGGCUCUGCGCACCCCCAUGUAUUUCUUCAUCAGUGUUCUCUCUUUCCUGGAGAUCUGGUAUACCACAACUACCAUCCCCAAGAUGCUCUCCAGCCUAGUGAGUGAGCAGAAGACCAUCUCUCUGGCUGGCUGCCUCAUGCAGAUGUACUUCUUCCAUUCUCUUGGUAUCACAGAAGGCUGUGUCCUGACAGCAAUGGCCAUUGACAGGUACAUAGCGAUCUGUAAUCCUCUCCAUUACCCAAUUAUCAUGACUCCCAAAUUUUGCAUCCUGCUGACAGCUGGAUCCUGUCUCUGUGGCUUCUUCCUGGUGCUCCCUGAGAUCGCAUGGAUGGCCAUCCUGCCUUUCUGCGGCUCCAAUGAGAUUCAUCAGAUCUUCUGUGACUUCACACCUGUGCUGAGCUUGGCCUGCACAGACACAUCCCUGGUGGUCAUUGUGGAUGCCAUCCAUGCAGUGGAGAUCCUAGCCUCUUUCCUGGUCAUCUCCCUAUCCUACAUCCGGAUCAUCAUGGUGAUUCUGAGGAUGCCCUCAGCCGAGAGCCGUCAUAAAGCCUUUUCCACCUGUGCUGCCCACCUUGCUGUGUUCUUGCUGUUUUUUGGUAGUGUGGCUGUCAUGUAUUUGCGAUUCUCAGCUACCUACUCAGUGUUUUGGGACACGGCAACUGCUGUCACUUUUGUUAUCCUUGCUCCCUUCCUCAACCCCAUUAUCUAUAGCCUGAGAAACAAGGACAUGAAAGAUGCUAUUGGGAGGCUUUUCUGCUGUCAGAAGAGGGCUGGUGGGGUUGGGAGAUUGAUCUAG